AUGGAUGAGGAAGGCUAUGUGAGAGUAGGACUUGAUUUUGGAGGAGAUUCCUCUAGAAUCUCAGUUGUUGAUAAUAACAAUAAAAUUACUCUUCAUGUUAACCGACUUGCAAAUAGACAAACACCCUCAAUUAUCUCGUUUGAUAAAAGGCUUAGUGAUACUAUCAAUUUUUAUAGGAUUUAUGGAGAAGAAGCCGAGGCCAGAUCGUCAACUUUGUUUAAAAACACCAUCCCAUUGUUGCCAUAUAUCGUGGGUUUGGGAAAAGAAGAAUUGUUGAAAUAUGUUAACGAACACAGUUACUUGUUUUUAUUGGACGUUGACGAGGCUUCAGGAUCUUUCAAAGUAACCUUUGAUGAUUCGCCGCUGCUAGUUCACCCAUUCGAAUCAUACGCUUUCUUCGUGAAUAAACUUCUACAAACCGUUAGAACCCAAUUUAACUGCCCAGAUGACAGUAAUGAGAAGAUUACGCUAUCAGUUGCGGUUCCAACCUACUUUACAGAAGAAUUUAAGAAAUCUAUACAUUAUUCCCUUUCACUCCUAAAAUUGAAAGAAGUUAAACUAUUUAAAGAGUCGGAAUGUAUAUUAAAGAGGUGGUCAGAUUCCCACUUACCAGACUCAUACAAUGAAUUUGUUAAACUAAAUGGUAGUCAGAACGGUGAAAGUGCACCCGAUCAACGGAUGAGAGUUGCGUUUUUGGAUGUUGGAUUCGUACAUACAACUUUUUUUGUGGCUGAAAUCGCUUCUGAAGACUCAAGUUUAACAGCCAAAAUUAUCUCAGAAUCUUCAACCGACACCAUAGGAACUUAUCAAGUUUUUGAAGCUUUGUGCAAUUACAUUAAGCAGCAAAUUGAAAACAACUAUAAUACCAAACUUGUGAUUCCAUCAAGACAAUCAUAUUACCUAUACAAAUCAUGUGUAAAAUGUGUAAAAGAAUUAAGUGUACUAAAUGAUGCAAAAUUGGAUGUCGAGAGAGUAUUGCCAAAUGAUGAUGAUUUCUCCACCGUAGUCACUAGACAACAAUUACAGUUACUCACACAACACAUUCAGAAUGGAUUAAAUAAUUUGAUAAAGGAAGUAAUGAGUAAAGUGGAUGAAGGAGUGGGAUAUUACUCAUUUGAAAUGUUAGGGGGAGGGUCAAGAAUAGCAUUUAUUAAGGACAUUGCAUCAGAGUAUUCAGGUUUAUUAGGGUGUGUAAGAGGUGUUAGAACUUCACUUGACACCACUUCUGCAAUGUCGUACGGGGCGACAAGUCUUUUGGUCAAUUCUAUGGGCCAAACUCCUAGGAAUGAGACUCCAUAUCCCGAUUCAGCCCAUUAUAGUGAAAUGCUUGAACGUGAAAAAUAUGUAAGAAAUGUGGAGCAGGAAGAAAUGAAUAAGAUGAUGAUAUUGAACGAGAUUGAUAACUACGUGAUAAAAACUAGGAAUGACUUAACGGAAGCAUACAAACACACAGUUGACCCGGAAACCAUGGAGAAAAUUAGUGAACUCCUAGACGGCUUGCAAUCGUUCAGUACUCAGUCAAUAAGUGACAAAAGUGUUACAUCAGAAUCUUGCAGUAGUUCUCUAUCAAGCGUACAGGAAAAGGUUAAGCAAUUGGCCCCAAAUUAUAUCCUAAAACUAGAAGAAGACGCUGAACAGAGAAGAAAGGACCAGAAACUUAGCGAGAGUAUGCCCAUAAAUCAUGUUCAAAAGGAAGUUGACAUGGACGUUGUGUUGCCAAAUGGGACCUGUAUAAAAAGAGCUCAAAAGAAUAAGGACGAAGGAAAUGAUUUGAUAUCUGCAGGAAACGUGGAACUAGCUAUUCAACACUAUAUCAAGGUUAUUCAGUACUGUGCCAAAGUAACCAACCCUAACCAAGAUGAAAAAACUACCAUCAAUCAACUCAGAUUAGCUACCAACUUGAAUCUAGCCAUGUGUUAUUUAAGAAUGGAUGUGCCAGCCAGUUAUAAUAAGGCGGUAUCAUGUUGUACAUCGGCUCUUGAUAUAAGUCCAAAUAACACGAAGGCGUUGUUCAGAAGAGCCGUGGCAUAUGAAAAGCUAAACGACCUUGAAAAUUCCCUAAAGGACGCUAAUCAAGGAUUACAACUCGAUGCGAAUAACCAAGACUUCAAAAUUGUAUCCAACCCACUAUAUUAG